GCAGCUUCAGAGAUGUCAGCCUCUGCUGGUGCCGAAGCGCGACAAGCGUCCGGGUGCACGCUGAGCUCGCCGGGCAGCCGGCCGCCGGCCAUUUGAGAACAUUGUGGCGUCCUGGCCGACGUUGGGAGCCGUUCGUGCGGCCUCAGGCCAGGGAAGGCGAGAUCCCGCGACUCGGCUCAUUCUCGCCUCGAGGUCUAAAUGAACGUCGAAGAGAGGGAAGGUGGGCCGAAGGCUCACCGUCGACAGCACCAACUCCCCUUCUCUCGUCCUUUGCGGCUUGGCCUUUGGAUAAGCGUUUUGUAAGCCAAGUGUUUUAGGAAGAAGAUCAUUUUACUGAUUUUGUUCCUGAGCUGACCAGGUCUUACUUUGUGAAGGUUGUGCUGCUGGGGUGUCCAAGAAAAGAAGAAAACUGUUCCUGCAGCAAAAUAAUGAUGGUAGAUCUGAAGGUGGCUGACUGUUUGAACCCUCAGAUCAAAGUUCUGUCAGAAAGCAAGGGGCCUGUGAUAGGGAGUUCCAGUCACAGUAAGAAAUGUACUGCACAAAUGGACAAUCCCAGUCCUGAAAGCUGUCGCCAGCACUUCCGGAAUUUCUGCUAUCAUGAAGCAGCAGGACCCCGUGAAAUUGUUGGACAACUUCAGGAAUUAUGCCGUCAGUGGCUCAGGCCAGAGCUCCACUCAAAAGACCAGAUCUUGGAACUGCUUGUGCUAGAACAGUUUGUGACCAUUCUACCCAGGGACACCCAGAGCCGGAUAAGGAAGGACCAUCUACAGAGCAUUGAGGAGGCUGUGGCCCUGGUAGAGCACUUGCAGAGGGAAUCUGGUCACUCGAGGAAUAGGGUUGCAGUCCAAGAUCUGGGAAAGGAGGCAGUGCUUUUGGGAGAAACAGCAGAAUCUCAGCCAGUGGGCAUAGCCCAGGAUGAAGAAUUCUGGAAAACAUACCAGGGUCUGCAAGAACAGCUGAGCAGGAGUACUCCUACAGGAACUGAGCCUGUAUGUGAGCUGGCUGUGCCUGCUCACCAGAUCCUAGCCUUUCCUGGGCGGACAAACACUAAAGACUGGACAGUGGCACCCGAGCUCGUCUUGCCUGAGUCCCAGAGCUUGUUGAUAUUUGAAGAAGUGGCCAUGUAUUUUUCCCAAGAGGAAUGGGAGUUACUGGAUCCCACUCAGAAGGCCCUCUACAAUGAUGUAAUGCGGGAAAACUAUGAGACUGUCAUCUCUCUAGCUGUGCCUGCUCACCAGAUCCUAGCCUUUCCUGAGCAGAUAAUCACCAAAGACUGGACAGUGGCACCUCAGCUCGUCUUGCCUGAGUCCCAGAGCUUGUUGACAUUUGAAGAAGUGGCCAUGUAUUUUUCCCAGGAGGAAUGGGAGUUACUGGAUCCCACUCAGAAGGCCCUCUACAAUGAUGUAAUGCGGGAAAACUAUGAGACUCUCAUCUCUCUAGCCUUAUUUGUGCUCCCCAAACCUAAAGUGAUCUCCUACCUAGAGCAUGGGGAAGAGCCAUGGGUUCAAGGGUCCUUGGAAUUCAAGAACAGUCCUGGAGAGCUGCCUUCAGAGUUAAAGGUCAAAACUGACACUGAAAGCCAUCAGCCUGUGUGUCUUUCUGACUUAGAAAUACAAGCGCCAGGAGACAUAGUAUCAAAAAAGACCCGGGUGAAAGUUCCCCAGAAAACAACAGGCAAAGAAAAUCAUGGUGAUACACAGAAGAUGGGGAAAUGGCAAAGAGAUUUUCCCGUGAAGAAAAGAAAGAAACUUUCAACAUGGAAACAAGAGCUGCUAAAACUUAUGGAUCUCCACAAAAAAGCUCGUCUUGGAGAGAAGCCAUUUAAAUGUCAGGAAUGUGGGAAAAGCUUCAAGGUUAGCUCUGACCUCAUUAAGCACCAAAGAAUUCACACUGAAGAGAAACCAUAUAAGUGUCAGCAGUGUGAUAAGAGGUUUAGAUGGAGUUCAGAUCUUAAUAAGCACUUAACAACACACCAAGGAAUAAAACCGUACAAGUGUUCCUGGUGUGGGAAAAGCUUCAGUCAAAAUACAAAUUUACAUACACACCAAAGAACGCACACUGGAGAGAAGCCCUUUACAUGUCACGAGUGUGGGAAAAAAUUCAGUCAGAACUCCCACCUUAUCAAACAUCGGAGAACCCACACAGGCGAGCAGCCAUACACUUGUAGCGUAUGCAGGAGAAACUUUAGCAGGAGGUCAAGCCUUCUUAGACACCAGAAACUCCACCGCUGAAUGGACGUUUGUCCAGUGUCCUCAUUCUGAAGAAGUUUACCAAGUGGAGGUUGACCCUGAGAUUUAUGAAAAAUAUAUGAAGUUAUGAGGCAUGAAUAAUUCUUCAUCAGUGGAGAAUUUGGUGAUAUAAACGUGUUUCACAGGAAUCAAGGUUGACUGCAGGGAUCUCUGUAAGUAGUUUUAUACUACUUACAUUUUUACACGUAGCCUUUGGGGAAUUCCUUAGCAAGAAAGGUGUUGCAGGAACAUUCUCAGUAAGGGAAACAUUUUUGUAGUUGAACCUGAUGAAACAGCAAAUUCAGCUUUAAAUGGAGAUGCGUACAUGACUCUGUGACCAGAGAGGGUAGAUACUGUUGGUUUUGCAUUGAAUUCCCAGCCACUUUUAAACACAGUGGUAGAAACAUUUGUAGCAUGGUCUUCCAAAAGAAAAAGCAAUAACCUGCAUAUUAAUUGGAUAUCAUUGCCUUUAAGGUUGUAAGCUUCCCAAUUUCAAGAGUCCUAUGACACAAAAAUGAGUUCUGUUGUUAAAUUUUCCAAGAACCAAGUUGGAUUUUCUUCCCCUCCCUUGUCAUUGGACACUGUUCCCAACGUUGGACAUACUUAAGUUUCUUCUUGAACAUUUUAGGAACUUUAGCUCUUGAAUCCUUUUAGCACCAUUUUUACUGUGAUGAAAUACUGUUUACUUCAGCACUAGGGAAUUUGCCAGAUAAAUAAUGCACUAUCUUGUACCUCAUUGGUGGUGUUUGAAAAAGAUAAACAUCUCUAAUGAGAUCAUACGGAAACGGGUUGGAAUGUUUAGCCAUGGAGUACAUGUAAAGAAGAACUUUCUGCAAUAAAAGAGACUAGUCCUUUUCUUAUAAUCUCAUAUGAUAAAACAUUAAAGAUAGCACUUUCUGGAGUCCUACAAGAAAAUUAAUGGAAGUUCAGAAUGAACUUCUCACGUUUUUAUUUGCUUUUCCUUUGGCUUUGUUUAUUUUUAAGAACAAGGGCAGAGUUAUGUUGAGGAACUGGAGCUGUGCUGCAGGCAGGAUGUUCACUGGGCGUGCCAGAAGGUUGGGUUCCCAGGAACAAAGUUUGGGAAUUGGUGCUGAGUGGUGGACAAGGAGGGUGAAUCUGCAUUCACAUUGGUUGUCUUACACUGUAAACCAGUGUGAAGCCGGCAGGGUCUCCCUGUGUCUGUUUUGUACACAGCAUGUAACAACAGCCUUCGGGGGUGAACGGUAGAUGGCUGAACUCCUCUGUGGGCUGUGGAUCUUUUUACUGUCUACAGCAGUGACUCCCAUGUGCUCCUGUUAGAGCUUUUAGGUGGUGUCAGGAAGGGGGUUAAAUGAGCUCCCGAACACCUCACAAACAAUAAGGUUAAGGCUCUGAUGCAGGGACUUGUUCAAGACCCUGUUGCUCUGGGUCUGCUGGCCGUCAGCUGCGUCAGGGAGGCCCAAAGGCAGGAUGAGCGGGAUGUGCACGUUCUCCCUGCAGGGCCGGACUGGAUGACAUUGUGCUGUGUCUACUGAGUUCUGAAACAUUCUUAUGGCUUGAUCGGUUCCCAAAACACGCAUUGGCUUCCCUUUCCCCUGCUCCCCAGUGAUGUGCUGGGCAGACUGACUGCAGGGAGGAAGCAGUUGUGUUUAUGGCUGUUUUCAGCUCCUUUGAGGAGUCGAGCACGGCUGGUGGUGAUUAUGCUCCAUUGGUUUGGUCCUUGGCUUUAGUACAUUACAGUGUAAGUCGCCUGAGCUGUGGGUCCGGUGCUCUCAGCAGGAUUUUGUUUUCUUGCCCAAGAUGAACUAUGCCAAGUCUUCCUUCUUACGCACAGGCAGCUCUGAAGCUCUCGUCUGCAUAGCUGUUAACCAUGGGCUCGUCCUCAGGCUUUGGGUACCCUGUCUCAUCCAGGCCACGUGUGGACAUCUUCCUGGUGCUACAUUUGUUCCGUCUCAGGGGGGCCUCUUAGGUGCCCAGGCACUGUUUGGUCUAGACUGGGAAUGCAGUAGUGGACAAAAGAGCCAAAGACAUGCCCUCGCAGGACUUGUAUUCUCCUGAAGAGUGUGGAGAAGAGUGGUGAUAGUUUGCUGCCUCUUGCAGUUAGGGUCAUGAGACGGUUGUGGGUGAUGGUUGUGGGAGGCCCCACUUCUGGGCUGAAGCCUUUCUUCGUUGGUGCAAAACUCGAUAGUGUCCUUUCUACAGAAACGGGCCGCAAGGUCAGAAUAGUCUGGAGUGCUGAGCCCCCCACGUGGAGAGCAGUUGUCCUGGAGAGUCCCCCAGACCUGUGACGGACUUUACAGGACUGAGAAAUAAAUUUCUGUUAAACUAUGGAGAUGUUGGUGUCGUGUG